AUGGAAGAGGCCCAGAAAGCAGGUAAUGCCCGGAGAUUAUUUCAGUGGAUCCGUGCGAACAGUCCCCGGAAACCACCUGUGAGUGAAACCAUCAAACAUAAGAAUGGAACGACCAUCUCUAAUAAGGAGGAACGCCUUGACCGGUGGGCUGAAUACUUUGAACAACAACUGUCGUGGCCACCAGCCGACGCUCAUCUACAGGUAGAACCCUGGACAGUGAACGUGAAACCACCUACGGCCUUGGAGGUUUACGACUGCAUAUGUUCUCUCAAGCGCCACCGAGCUCCCGGUCCGGAUGAACUUCCACCCGCACUGUUCAAAGACGGCGGUGAAGUCCUCAGUCAGCGCUUGUUCGAUCUGUUUGCUUGCGUUUGGGUAAAGGAGUGUGUCCCAGACAACUGGGGAGAAUCGGUGAUAGUGCCCGUUUUCGAAAAAGGGGCGCGUAAAGCGAAUUCCGUCUACACGAUUUUUCUUUGGCUAACACCCUGGAAAGUUAAAAAUGGUUACCCUGAAACCUACGCAACAUACCUCAAUGCUCUUGUGGCAUUUGUCUACCCUUACGACAUUCGUGUUCACGUACAGGAUACAAAUUAUGAAUGCAUCCCGAGUGGUGGCAAUGCAUCAAUACAGCAAAACCGCCGACCCGACCUAAUGACUAGUGCGUGCUUUUUUGAUCUGAAGUGGUCUUACCGAUGUAAUGUCAACCGCCAAUUCGGCUACGAUGACAGUUCGCCAUGUGUUAUCUUAACCCUGAACCGAAUCUACGGAUGGCUACCAUCAUCUUCGGACGGGGUUCAAGUGUGCUGUCAGGGGGCAAGCCCAAACGAUGACGAUCUUCUCGGCACUUUGUGCUUCUAUGAUGCGCUCAUCCAUGACGAAGGUGGAUGUGCACGACGCUGUGGGACGUUUCCUCAUCAGUAUUAUCCCUACCUGAACCAAAAUUCUUAUCAGUCACCGCUUGUCUUUCUCGAAAUACGAAAUCCUAGAAAAAAUGUCCUCAUUCGUAUUCAGUGUGAAAUAAACAAUACACCAAACCGCUCGCCAGUCACAUUUGAGUUACUGAUCGAUUAA